AUGGCUUCAGCUUUGCCGGCCGCGCACAUCAGUCCUGCGAGGAUUGGCCAAUCCACUUUCAUGGGCCUUGCGUGGGGAAGCGUGGCCCUUACGGUACUCUUCUUUACCUUCCGUAUCAUAGUCCGAUUGAAGGUCUUUGGCCGAUUGCAUGCAGAUGAUGGCUUGGUUUUUUUUGCUUGGAUUGUUCUCCUGAUCAAUACCAUACUGUGGCAAUUCGGCCAAGACGCCCUUUACGAGAACAUUGCAGUGUCUUCUGGCCAACUUUAUCCACCGCCGCCCGGUUUUGCACACGCAGCGGAACAGUACCUGCGAAGAUCUGUCGCUGUGAUCGUUUUCUUCUAUACCGGUCUCUGGAGUGUCAAGUUCUCCUUUCUAGUCUUCUUCAAACGACUUGGGCAUAAUUGUGGUGGCUUGUUCUGGCAAUUACUCUCGCCUCUCAUCCUCGUUCCCAUCAACUUACUCUGGAAGGUCCAGCUGAGUUUUCGAAAGAAGUUUGCUUUAGGCGGCAUCUUCUGCAUCACAGUUAUUAUCAUGGUUUUUGCUAUCAUACGCGCAAUCGUGGUGAGCUCCUAUAGUCAAGAAUUGGAUGAGACAUGGCUUUAUAUGUGGAGCUCAAUCGAACAAGCAGUCUUUGCAUGUCUCGCCUCAUUUCCAUCCCUUUUCGAGAAAUCCGAGCGUGCUAAACACCAACGCCUCCCGGAUGGCAAUGCCGAGGGUCAUUCUGAUGCCACCUCCCGCUAUAUCUUCUUCUUCAGCAGAAAGAGCAAAGCAUCCCAGGAGAGUCCAUCUGAUAUCGUUAUGAACAAGACGGGGCAACAGCAGGCCUCUACCAUGACGCACGGGAGCAACGGUUCCUCGGCUCUUUGGAACCAGCACCAGAAGCCAUCGUUUCACUCGAGCGAACAUAUUCCUCCAAUGAACAAAGCUCACAUCGACGUUUAA